AGAGCUGAUUCUUCACACACCAAAAAACAAGUUCAAACAUUAAGACAGGCUCAAGAGCUACAUGUUCUCACUUUGCUUUGAUGGCUGAGUCAACCCUCCAUUACAAGCGCUUCCCUUCUAUGGUUGCUACACUUCCCAUCCUUCUCUCAUUUGCAUUCAUCUUCAUACCUGCAACUUCACAGAGACACACAAACAUAAGCCUUGGUGCAUCCCUCACCCCUACCUCCACCAACUCCUCAUGGCUCUCGCCUUCCGGCCUCUUUGCGUUCGGAUUCUACCAGAGAGAAGGUGGUUACUCGGUUGGAGUAACUCUAGGCAGAUCCGUGGUUUGGACCGCCAACCGAGACAACCCUCCGGUCAUGGGCAAUGCCACCCUACUCUUCACUGGUGGCGGGAGACUUGUCUUGCAGUCUGCAGAAGCGCAAGAUACGCCCGUCGCCAGUGCUAGCGAGGCGGCAGUCUCGGCUUCCUUCUCCGAUACAGGCAAUUUCGUUCUGUAUAACAAGAGGGGGGACAAAAUAUGGCAGAGUUUCGAUUCGCCAACCGACACCCUCUUGGCAGGGCAACAAUUAUUACCGGGCCAACAGUUGUUUUCAAACAUUUCUUAUACCGACCCAUCGACCGGUAUCUUUCGCCUUGACAUGCAAACAAAUGGAAACCUCGUGCAAUAUCCGAUAGAUAGUCCGGUGGGCGAGAACUAUUACUGGUCGUCCGAAACCUUUGGAGUCAGUAACAAUGCGACACUACAUCUCGAUAAUGAUGGUUCUCUCUACCUGGUGAACACAACAGGUGAAAUUUUAAAGAAAAUCACCCUUAGUAAGGGACCUCCCGAUGAAGGAAUCAUCCAUCUUAUGAGACUCGAUGUGGAUGGCAUUUUGCGACUGUACUCCUACAAUGCGACGGGGAACAACUUGUCCGUGGAAUGGGAAUCUUCUAAUGACAAAUGCAGCCCCGGUGGCACAUGCGGGUUCAACAUGUUCUGUGUGAUGAUGGAUCAGAACGCCAAGUGCGAGUGUCUCCCAGGAUUCACGCCUGUGAACGACGGUGACUGGAGAUCCGGUUGCAAGAGGAAGGUCACCGCCCAAACCUGCGAGGGAACAGACUCCGUCCCUGGAUACAACAUUCAACUGGUCAAUAACACAGUGUGGGAGAACACCACCUAUGCCUCACUGACACUUUCGACUGGGAAAGAAUGUCAAGAAGCAUGUCUGCGGGAUUGCAAUUGCGAAGCUGUAAUGUACAACUACAAAGAUGGAAACUGUGCAAUGCAGCGGCUCCCUCUGAGAUACGGCAGGAGAAACCUUGCCGAGUCGAACUCGCUUUACAUCAAGGUAGGUGAGACUGGAUUGAGAAGGCCUUUUAGGAGAGAGGUUGUAAUCGCCAUUGCAUCGUCUGUUGCUUUUGCUUUAGUCACACUAGCACUGUCUGGAUUCAUUGUUUCCAAGUAUCGUGCUCGGGCAUGCGUAAUGCUUUCCGAGGAGGGAAACACUAGAAUGAUGGACAACGUUUCGCCCAGAUUAUAUACCUAUGAAGAGCUGAAGAAAGUGACCAAGGAUUUUGCCGAACAGAUUGGCAAGGGAGCAUUUGGGACAGUGUAUAGAGGCACGCUGUCCAAUGGCCUCGAGGUUGUCGCCGUCAAGAAGCUAGAGAAGAUCGCAUCCGAUGGGGAUAGUGAAUUCCAAACUGAGGUGAAGAUUAUUGGAAGGACGCAUCAUCGGAAUCUCGUCAAGCUGCUCGGUUAUUGCCUUGAUGGAGACCACAGGCUUUUGGUGUACGAGUACAUGAGCAACGGAUCUCUCGCGGAUCUGCUUUUUGCGCCAGAAAGACGACCUUGUGGGGAUGAGAAGAUGGGAAUCGCUCGGAACAUAGCUAGAGGUCUCCUCUAUCUACAUGAAGAGUGCGAAACCCAGAUCAUUCACUGCGAUAUAAAGCCACAGAACAUACUAAUUGACGAGCAUAGGCAUGCGAAGAUAUCCGAUUUCGGGUUAUCGAAGCUGCUGAAGCCUGAUCAAACAAACACCAUGACAAGUAUCAGAGGAACGCGAGGGUAUGUUGCGCCAGAGUGGCACAAGCAUAUGCCGGUGACAGUGAAAGCGGAUGUUUAUAGCUUUGGAAUCAUGUUGCUGGAGAUCAUCUGCUGCCGAAGGUGUGUGUAUUGGAACCUCCCUGAUGAGGAAGCCAUUCUCGAAGAAUGGGUCUACAACCGUUUUCGAGCCGGCGAACUAGAGAAGCUUGUAGAUGAUGAACUAAUGGACAGAAGACAGUUGGGGAGAAUGGUUAAAGUGGGUCUCUGGUGCAUCCAGGAAGAGCCAUCACUUCGUCCUUCAAUGAAGAAGGUGCUUCUGAUGCUCGAGGGCACGGUGGACAUUCCGGUACCUCCUUGUCCUUCUUCGAUUCUCAGUGCCAUCUAAACUCUCCCCAACUGCGCCGAUAGCCAUCAGGAACUGCUCCGGCAAGAGAAAAAAUGUAUUAGAUUGCUAAUCCCAUAUGAAGAAACUAUUCUAGGCCUCUAUUCAUGUGUAGCACAAGGCUUGGCUGCCAUUUCAAUGGAAAUAAGUUGUCUAUUCUGUUUUA